AUUCUCUGGUGAGACUUAACAUUACCAACGUUCAUUUCAAGUUCAACACCACACUGCAAAAAGUGUUUCCUGUUGCCCUACACACCGGUGGCAAUUAACUGAAUAAGUAAGUGGAGAUUGUAUCUGCCGAAAAGAGUUUCUGUGGGAAACCAUUGAGGAUCUCUUGUCUUGACUAUUCUGUCCUGACAUUAUACAAGAAUAAGUAGCAAGCACAGAUGGCUUCAAAGAGACCUCACUUGGAAAAAAAUGAUGACACCACAGCAGCAAGCAAAAGGAGUAGACAGUUGAUGUCAAAUGAAGAUUUUUUGCCAGGGGAGAACUUCAGGACCAUGAUAGAUCAGUUUGGAGCAAAUGUAAACCAAGCCUUCCUGGCUAAGAAGAAACAACUUCAUGCCUUCACCAGUUCUUCACUGAAAACCAGCAACCAGAAGAUGGUGCAAUUGUGGCAGAACCAACAGAGAGAGAGGGGUCAGCUGACAAAAGACUACACCUCCCAGUUCAAUGCUGUGUUUCAGCAGUGGAAGACUGAUGUGCAAAAGUCAAAAGAAAUGGAUGAGAAACUUGUGAACAUGUUCCAGCAUCAGCAGAAUAUGUUUCAGCACAUGAGAGCAGCACAAGGACAGAGACUGAAGACACUGAAGCAUCUUAUGGAUCAGUAUAUACAGAGCCUGCAAGAAGUGGAGAAAACACACAGUGAGGAGCAGGGAGUCCUCCUGACUGAUCUACGCCAGGAGAUGUCAGCCUACCAGAAAAAUAUGCUUAUAGUCACUCAAAAACAGGAGAUGGCAUCUGUACGCAAGUCCUUGCAGUCCAUGCUGAUGUGAUGUCCUUGGGAAACUACUCUAUAUUUAAAUUGAAUUUAGGAAGAUUUAAUGUAUGAUGUAUGUUGUAU